UCCAUAUUUACCUACUUACUACCUUUGUGUAUCUAGGUAGACAGUAAAUCAUGUGGAAACAUCAUGCAGAAAGACUAGGCAGUGAUGGAUGAGUCGGAGUAUUGCUUACCCCGGCUCUUAAGGUAAGUAAGUGGUUACUAAGUACUCCGAAGUAUAGUGAAGAAUGAAGAAUAGUCCAAUGCAUGCAUCUAUUUCCAAGUCCGCAACGGAGAGGGUUUCCGACCGCAGAAGGUGGCCGGCGGUUGCGUCCAUUCUUCCUCAGUCUUCAUUCAUUGGCCCCGGCCCCAGUCUCUCUACCCAGUCUGGCCGCUCAGUCCUUUAGUUGGUUCUGGUUUCUGGUCCCUCUUAUCGCGUACCUCCCGUCCCGUUUCUUUCCUUUCCCUUUUCCAACAUCUCCCUCCCUCUUUCUCUCUCUCUCUCUCUCCCCCCUCCCUCCUGAUCAGGUGGUUGUUGUCGCUGUUGUUGCCUCUUUUCCUCAUCCCCCCAAUUACCCAAUUCAAUUCAAUCAUGACCUAAAGGAGGCCUCACUGUCCUACCUCACUUACUUCUCUGCAUCGAUUGAUUGACUCAAUUCUGCCACUCGUUUGGUCCACUUCUAUGUUGGAUCUCACCCCCGUCUGUCGUUAGAGAUUCUCGCCCUCUGCCAAACAAUAGCCGGCAUUUCUCCAUCCUCCACUCCUUUUCAGCCACACCCCUCCGUGACUACUACAGGAUUACACACUAGGAUCUCGUGAUUCCUUCUGUCCCUCUUUCCUCGUAUCC